AGAUGCUAAUCACGUUUUCGGUUUGGCUUGCGGAAUAGGCCCAAGUGGUUUUUAAUAAAAUUUAUUAAGGAGAGUUGACAUUUUGGCCUCUUUCACCUAUUAAAAUUGGCGUAAAUGUGUCGUUAGCCGCAAUAACAUUUAGUAGAAGACUCUCUGUUCAAUGGACGACCUCUCGGAUGACGAUGACCUGGAAUUCAACAAGUUUGGUGACGACGACGAUCUCUCGUUCAAAAGGAAACGCCCGACUGAGGCGUCCUGGGACAGUGACGACGAGCUGUUACAGGAAGACCAUGCCCCAGCCAAAAAGACAAGAGGCCAUUCCUUAAGUGAUAUUGAUGAAGACGCUUUACUGGGAGACAGCGAUGACGAGCUGCAUGAGCAAACAUAUGAGGGAGGGGUGGAGAGUCAGACCAGUGAACAGACCGGUGAACAGAAUAGUGAGCAGACAAAAACGGCAGUCAACUACGAGGGUGGCGUUGCUAGCCUCACAAGCGGACAGAAAGACGACCUCUCAAUUAACGACUCUGGAAUGCUGGACAAUACCCAGGGUGACGAAUGGGGUGACGCACCAGGCGAGACAGAGGGUGACGUAGCCGAGGAGUACGCAGGAGAGGAGGAGUACCAAGGAGAGGGUGGAGAAAACUAUGACGAAGUAGGCGGGGACUAUGGGGAAGUGGGCGGAGACUAUGAAGAAGGUGGUGAAGAGACUUAUGAAGGUGACGUGGGCGGGGACUAUGAAGAAGGCGGAGACACCUAUGUAGAGGGCGGUGACACCUAUGAAGAGGCCGAAUAUUCCGAAGAGCCUGUUCUGGACGCAACCACGGCCGAAGAAGAUGAUGAUGCAGCGCUAUUGGAGGAUGCCAUUGAGCUGGGGCCAGGGAUGGACGACGUCUUAGACAUUGAGGAUCUGGAUGAUAGCCUCAUUGAGGAAGUCGCUGAAGACAAACCAGUGACGAGCAGGGGUGCCGGACCCACAACCUCUACCCCAAGCGCCCCUGCCAGAGAAAAGUCUACAAAAGAUGUCAAAGAAACUGAGAAAGAUUCUUCACAGUCAAAUAGCCAGACUGCGUCCCAGCCACGGCAGGAGGACGAGGAGGAAGGAUCCGACACCAGGGAGGACAUCCCAUCCACCGACGAGGACGAAGAUGAUGAUGAUGACUCCACCAGGGCUAGAUUCAGAUCGGAACGCCAACCGGCCACCGUCAAAGUAGGGGGAGCAUCCAAACGCAAGGACAUCCCAGCGACACUAGAGAUAACGGCAGAAAUCCAGCAGACCGUGGACGAAUUUGCGCGACAGAAGGAGGAGCAACACCACAUGAGGCGUAACCGGGGCCGCGGUGGGCGUGGCUUCCGGGGCAACCGCGGCCACCGGGGCAUCCGAAACCAAGGCCCGCCCCCUCACAUGAUGGGACCGCCUCGUUUCCCUGGCAAUGCCGGCCCCGGUUUUAUGGGGGUGCAGCAACUGCCGCCCGCAAUGGAUAAUUUUCAGCCCAUUGAGGAGGUCGUACGGGGGCCGCCGGCUGGCCACUUCCGAGGGGGGAGGUUUGAUUUUGAGCCCUACCACCCGGGCAAGGAGGAACCGAGCAGGGUGCCGCCCAUAACCAGUCAGGGACCGAACCAGUCCAGUUCCAAUCAGCCAACGCAGGGAGGUCAGAGUUCAGCAGCUACUGCCAGCCAGGCUCAGCCAGUGCAGCCUGUGAGCCAGUCUGGUACCCCGGCCAGCUCUCAGUCUCAGGCACCUAAAAGCAAGACCAUUCUCAUUAACCCGCAUUUUAAAGGUCAGGUGCAAGUCCCAUCUCAGCAAGGAGGACCUCCCCCACCCGUCCACCAUGCCCCCCACUCAGGACCCCCUCCCCAGUCCCAAUACCAGCCCCCGGCCAGCUCCCAGAGCCGCCCCUACCAGCCCUCUGAAUCCUACACCCCAGCAGGUAGCCGCCCCUACCCCCCUCAGUCACAGCAUCCACCCCCUCAGUCCCAGCAUCCACCCCCUCAUCAGCCACCCUUUCAGGGUGGUCCCCCACCGCCCCAGGGGCACGGCCAGACACAUCCCCCGACGCACAUGCACACGCAGCCGUCACCACAUCCCCAGGGGCCGCCUCCAACAGACCAGCGUCCACCAGGCAGCUAUGGGGGCCCACAUGAGCAGCAGCAUCAGCCUUACAGACCCCAGCCUUCCGAGCCGUGGACCCCGCCUGUCAGUCAGCACCAAGCCCCAGGCGGCGGUUGGUCCCAGCCUGGUAGACCUGAUUCCGUGUCAGUGACGUGGAGCCAUCAACACCAAGGCCCACCAAGACCAGAGUUCCGUGGCCACCCACCACACCAGCAGCAUCCACCCAGCUUCAACGGCCCCAGAUCCCCCCAUGAGCGCUUCCCCCCUCCCCACCAGCACCAACAGGGCCCCAGGCAGCCGCAACCCAGGGCCAUGCAGCCCAACCAGAUGCGACCACCUGGGGAACCACAGCAUAUGAGAGGGCCACCCCCGCACCAACACAGGCCAGGGUACCGACAACAAGGACCACCCAAUAUCAGGCAAAGCGGCCCCGGCCAGAGGUUCCAGACACCAAGCCAGCGACAACCAUCACCCCGGCAACCAUCGCCGAGGCAACCAUCGCCAAGGCAACCAUCGCCGAGGCAGCCAUCACCCCGGCAACCAUCACCCCAGCAACAGCAACCCACAGCCGGCCAGCCAUCACCCCAGAACCCUGUCCACAAGGGCAGAAUCCUUCCCUCGCCAAAACGGCUGAUAGAAGAGGCUACCAAGAAAGGCUCCAAAGCGGCAGUUACCAAGCCACCCAAAGGCGAGAUUGAUGAAGAUGCAGAGACCAAGAAACUGCGCAUCCAGCUGGAGGAGCAGAAGAAGCUACGUGAGAUGAUACUACAGAGGAAGGAAGCCAGACGACAGCAGCUGGCUGCAUCUAAACAAGCUGAGCUCAAGAAACGUAUGGCUAGCCAGAAACAGAACUCACAACAGGACAAUACUACCACCAAGGAGACAAUGCCACCACAGCAACCUCCACAACAACAGCAGCAGAAGCCACAGCAGCGACAGCCGCAGGUGCCAGGUCCGAGGCAGCCCUCCCCACAGCAGCAGCAACAGCAGCAGCGACCAGGUCAGGCUGGUAACCGCAGCAUUUCACCAGCCUCCGCAAACAGGACCCUCACUACCGCAGCCCAGCAGACCCCCAAGCCAAACCCCCAGAUGCAAGGGGCACCGCAGCAGUGGGCAGGCGGGCCCCGUGCCCAGAGGCCCAUGUCACAACCCAGGCCACAAGGGGUGGGGCGGGGAGUGCCGCAACCCCGGCAGCCAGGGCCCCAGGGACAGCAGUUUCAGCAACAAACCUGGCAACAACAGCAAAAUGUCAAGGUACUUGUAGACACCGCACCCCAGCCCAUCCCGACGCUAGGGGGAGGGGGCAACGUGAUACGGCCCCAGCGGCCAGUAGGAGUUGUCGGCGCAGUCAACAGGCCUGGCGUGACCCAGGUCAGAGGUCAACGACCCCAGGGAUCUUCCAAUAAUAUGGGGCGUGGCAGAGGGCGUGGUCAGCCAGUCAGGGCACAGUUUCAGCAGCAACAGCAGCAGCAGCAGCAGAGGUUCCAAGCACCACAGCAGCAGCAGGUCCGACCGCAGUCAGCAGGCCCAUGGGAGGCGGGGCCUCGGCCCCAAUCUCCUAGUGUGAGGGGGCGGGGCAGAGGCCGGGCGGGACCACAGGCCAUGGGGCAAAGAAUGCAAGGUCCCCAGGGGCCACACCCACAGGGCCAACACCUGCAGGGACCACUCCUACGAGGGCCACGCCCACAAGGGCAACGCCCACAAGGGCCUCGACCACAAGGGCCUCGCCCACAAGGGCCUCGCCCACAGGUACUACACUCGCAGGGGCCACGCCCGCAGGGGCCACGCCCGCAGGGGCCACACCCGCAGGGGCCACGCCAACAAGGUCCACGCCCACAAGUUCAACCACAAAAGAGGUCAGUCAAAGAUCGCAUUGGGAUCCCCCAACAAGGAAACGCUCAAACCCAGCAGGUAUCUCCGGGUCCUCAGAGGCGAGUCAUCCAGCAGAACCAGCCCGGGGGACUAACCCAAAAGUCUCCGCAGAAACGCACCCUUCAAGCCGCCCCAAACCAGAAUCCUGGUCUCCGAACUGAACAACCCGCUGCUAAAAAAAGGACGGUGGUCCAGCAGUUGACUCCGCAGCAGCAGCAGUUGCUGCAGCAACAGCAGCAGAGGGCAGCACAGGCUGCAGGCCAGCUGGCCAGGGGGCAGCCUCCCCCGCCGCAGAGGGUGGUCAAGCAGGCUUCCCUGGAAGGCCCCCAGGGGCCGACGGGGAUUCUGAUAGACGGGCUCUCGGCGUCGACAAACAAGAACAGCUUGGUGAAGAUGCUGCAGUCGUGUGGACCUAUUAAGAAUGUUGAAAUCCUGCCCAACCAGAGGAGAGCAGUGGCCAAGUUUUGCCGUCCAGACGACGCCCAGACCUUCCAGACAAAGUUCCACAGGCACAUGGUGGACCUGGCUCACAUCAGCGUUACCCUGGUCCCUGACUAAACUUCUUGAAGUCCUCCCUUGCCGGAUAGACACUUUCCACCAGGGUGCAUUAUCAUCUAGAACAACGUGUAGCAGGCAGAGCAUUGUUCUGGGGUGCUCCAUCUACAAGAACAAACAACGUAGAUCGACCCUCUACAGGUAGUAGGAGUAAAAACUGCACAAAGCAUGUUCAUCUAGAGCACCCAGGCGUCGAUUACUCAAAUGGUAUAUGUACAUUUUCCUUCAUUUCCCCGACCUGAAUAUGCUGUCAUUGUUUCUUUGUUUUUACAUCAUGCAUACCUAUUGCUCCGUUUUUAUGAGAAUUAACCAUGCAGUAAAGUUUUAGCCUUGCCUGGUUUUGGCCUGAUAAGACGUUGCUAUUCUGUGAUUGAAUGUAAAAAGCAAUUACUGAUUUGGUUAUUAAUUAUGGCACUAUGAUUAUCAAGUUUCUGUGUGCUGCCGAGAUUGUAUUUUGAAAUCUUGAGCACGUACAGAAACGGGUAUGUGUGCUAAACUUUGUAGAAAACUAUGUUGCAUUAGUUAUUGUAUCUGGAAGUUUUUGUAAUAUACAUGUAUGUGAGCACUUGGAACGACAGGAUUGCGCUGGAUGCUACUCUGCAAAUAAGGAAAGUGGACAACGUCAUUGUAUCACGGAAGCUGAAUUCUCUGGCUACGUCUUUGAACACGUUGUGACUGAAAAUAUCGUAAGGCAUGGAAGCAUGUGUGAGGUGGCACGUAUGCGAAGGGUCUAGUACCCACAUCACCUGGUUGAGAUCAGGCUGUCUGGAGCAUAUCAGACUGGUACCGAUGUAGACUGUUGGCUGUAAAGCCUAAAACCUGCUGGACAUACCCAGUACCCACUAAGUGUGUACCCAGUACCCAACUAGGUGCAUACCCAGUACCCACUACAUGCAUACCCAGUACCCACUAAGUGUGUACCCAGUACCCAACUAGGUGUAUACCCAGUACCCGCUAGGUGCAUACCCAGUACCCACUAAGUGUGUACCCAGUACCCACUACGUGCAUACCCAGUACCCACUAAGUGUGUACCCAGUACCCACUAGGUGUAUACCCAGUACCCACUACAUGCAUACCCAGUACCCACUAGGUGUGUACCCAGUACCCAACUAGUUGCAUACACAGUACCCACUAAGUGUGUACCCAGUACCCAACUAGGUGCAUACCUAGUACCCGCUAUGUGCAUACCCAGUACCCACUAGUGCUGUUUGAACAUUGGAACUCUAGUGCAAGUUUAGUUGGCCCUUUGUGCCCUACACUUCUUCGAGUGUGGUUUCCGCUUUUGGACUACAAGUGUAGUGUUGGACGGCAGUUGGAGCAAGGCAAGAUCUGGCUGGAGCAGAGCAAGGCAAAGCAAGAACAAGCAAGCAAGACCGCAAGAUUGCAGGGAUGCCAUGUCAUCAGGCCGUUGGUCAGAGAAAAGUAGCUUUAAAGUGCAACAGUAGAGUUGGGGCGUGAAUUUGUUAUCUUUGUACUUUGGUAACAGUUUAACGUGGCCGGUAUGUAGCCUAUAAUGUGUGUGGUUGUAGAUUAAACAUUGUUCACAGGCCACUGUUGUAGCGUAUUGGUAGCCAGUUUGUGGGCCAUUAACAGAAGCCAGCUUACAAGCCACACUACAAGCCGACAUGCCUGUGAAAUUGUCGCCUGACUGCUACACAGCCCACAGGCCAACGACAAGCCAGCUUGCAAGCCAAGAGUCAAGCCAGUGGCGAAGACUACCAGCCAGCCAGCCAGCCAGCCAGCCAGCCAGCCAGCCAGCAAGCCAGCAUACAAGCCAGCCAGCCAUUCUGCAAGCCACUUUGUUGGCCAGUUUGGAAGCCAACACUGUUACUUCCAGAGCCAGCACUCAGAGGCAGACACCAGGCCAACUUUUAGUCCCCAGUACAAGCCAGCUUUUCAGCCAACUAUCAGAUGUGCACAUGCAAGUUGUAAAACCAGCCACCCUGUACACGAACCACAUGGCCGCAUUUGACACCGCAAAGGCCAUCCACACACAGCAAGGGUACUGGGUAAAAAAAAAACACUUCAGGCGAUACCAACUGUUAUGUGAAAAACUCCAAAAGACCUCUACCUUUCAACUGAUGACUGAUGACAAAAGGACAAUCUUCAUGAUGGAGCCAAUAGUGUUACACAUGUACAACAACUCUCAAAUUAAGUGGCCAUUUCAAUCUUAAAUAUCUUGAAAAACCAAGAAGCCAACACCAAUUUAAAAAAAACAAACCUGAAACCAAUAAUGUAGCUGAAAUAUUUUUUACAAGCUGAUCAAAUGGUAUGAGUUGAUUUAAGAUUGGUGGGGCCACUGAAAUCUGAAUUCAUUGUUUUGUAUUAUCAUUAUGAGAUAGGAAAAUGCAGGAAAAGUUUGCCAGGGUUCCCACAGUCACGGAAAUGCCUAGGGAA